AUCUUUCUUUUCAGGUUUAACAAGUUCGUUUUUAAAGAGUUUUAAAAUCGUCCCUAGGUGGUUGCAAACUCUGUUCAAAUUAUGCAGUCUACCUGUUUAACAAAAUUUAGCUCUGAUGUCAGCAUUGUAAUUAAAGAUGAAAUAGUUUGCUGAGAAGACUACGCUAGUCAACAUUUGAAGUAGAUCAAAAUCAUCAAAGUUUGCCCUAAAACCAAAAUGUGUUCUUGUCUUAGGACAACUUUGAUUAACUUUUUUGAUCCACUUCAAAUGUUGACUACCGUUGUGUAAGUGUGCGAUGUGACAAGAAAAUUAUCAUGGAAAAAGAUAAAAAAAUAAACCAUAUCAUUACUAUUUUUCUAUUUUGUAAUAUCAAUGUUGUAUAGUACAGAUUACAGGACGGUUUAUCUAGAUAAACAAACAAUUUAUUUUUUCAACAUGACGUUUCUUUAACCUAUUCAAUUCAAUUCAAUAUUGCUUUAUUGGCAUGACUGUAAAAAAUACAAUAUUGCCAAAGCUUGAAAUAUAUUUUGGUCAAACUAAGUUUAUAUAACUGCUGUUUUCUUUAUACAUUAGCAGUGUCUGUGGAGAAAAUGUGUGCGAUGGUCAGUAUGUCACAAGGUAGUUAUAAUUUAGAUGGAGGAAUGGAGAGAGCAACACGGAGGGAAAAAAAGAAAGAAUGAGGAAAUGACACUAGAGAGUGUAGUGAGAGGAAUUUGAAAUGGAAGCAGAUUCCUGUGAUGACACUGAGGAUGAUACAGUUGGAGGACGAAAGAGAAAAAAUGGACGCAGUUGGAAGAAGUGUGUUAAUAAAAGGAGAAGAAUGAGGGGACAAACGUAUGUUGGGAUGAGAGGGAACGAAGAAGUUAACAUGGAGUCCCGGGUGAUGGGACCAAGAUGUCAGUCUGCUGGAUGUGUAAAGUCCUCCAAACAUCACUGCAGUACAAUUGGAGAAGCAGACAGGGAGAACAUUUUUAAAUGUUUUUGGGAGAACAUGAACUGGGAGGAGAAAAAAAUUUAUGUGCGUGGUUUGGUGGAUGUCGUCCCAGUAAAGAGGAAAAGGGGGCGUGACAAUUCAAGAAGGUUAUCUACUCUUAUUUACUUUUUAAAAGUUGAUGGACAGAGAAAAAGGGUGUGUAAAAGUUUCUUUUUGUCAACACUUGGAUUAGGGGAAUGGUCUGCUCUUAGCUGGGUGCAAGAUGCAGGAAAUACACAGCAGAAUGCAGCACCACACCUCAGACGUGAGGAUCGUGAGUUCAUGAAGAGUUUUCUGCAGGAACUCCCGAAGGUGACUUCCUGCAACUGUAGGUCAUCAGCAUCAAAACAGUACCUGGAGCCUGGCUUUCAGUCCAUGACUGGCCUGUAUAAAGUCUACCAUCGUGCUGCUGAGGAAAAGCUGCUGAGACCCUUCUCAAGACAGGUGUUCUCAGAAGAAUUUAAGCAGCAGAACCUGGGACUUCACCAUCCAAAGAAGGAGCAGUGCAAUACAUGCUGUUCCUUCAAGACUGGUAACUUGCCAGAUAAUAAGUGGCAGGUCCACUUUCUUAAAGAGGAAGAGGCCUGCAUGGUAAAUGUGCAGGACAAAAAUGACACCAGUGUCAAGACCGAAAUUAAAAGUGAAUGGUGAAAAAGGAUUCUGAUUGGUCUUAAAGACCACAUUCUCAAAUAAAAAAAAAAACCAGUUUGUCCAAAAAGAAUGAUUAAUUUCUCAACUUAGAUUUUGCUAUCUGUGUGGUCUAGGUGGUCAUACAGCAUAUGACUGUGUAUAUGAGACAAAGUACUUUCUGUUUGGCUUUCAUAUGGAAUUAUUUUUUUGAUGCCUAACAUACGGGACGAUUUUGUAUUAUACGGAAUGGUUGGCAACCCUAGUAAGUUCUAACAUUUUGUAAUCGACAUGUAACUUAAUAGGUUGCCAGUGUAAAGAUGAUCAAAUUAAGGUGAAAUGAUCACAUUCUCAACCUGACAACAACUCUAGAAGCUACAUUUUGGACUUAUUGUAGCUUGUGUAUUGAAGAUGCAGGACAACCACCUAGCAGUGCAUUACAAUAGUCCAGUCUAUAGGUCAUGAACACAAGAACUAGCUGUUCUGCUUCAAAAAGCAGAUAACAUGUUCUGCAUCAUGGAAAUGUUUCUAAGGUGGAAGAAGGCUGUUUUUGUAAUAUGUGACAGUCAAGUUAUUGACUUGACUUGAGCAUCCUUCUAGAUGCAAAUUGUUUUCUAAAAGCUUCUGUGUGGCCCAAUAAGUAAUGUAUAUAUUUUUUCUCAUCCCAAUUCAAUGUAAGAAAAUUAUUGUUUAUCCAAUUUUUAACAUCUGCAACACAGUUAAUUUAGAUCAUUUAGAAAUGUAUCUGGUCUCGAUGAAAAAUGAGAGCUGAAUAUUAUCAGUAUAAAAAUGGAACCUAAAAACCAACAUAAAACUAGCUAUAUAAAAGGGCUCCAUUUAUAAUAGAAUACUAUUUGAAGUUUUCCUGUUGUUGUUUUUUUUCCUCUUUAUUAUUUUUCUGUUGUAAAACGGGAUAUUGGAGGUGAAUAUUGGUUUGGGAAAAUUAAUGAUUAUUAACUUUUCCCGCCAAACAGAAUUUUUCAGAUUUCUGUUUUUUCACUGUUAUAUGCUAGGGGGCGCUAUUGCGCAUCUCCUGAAUAAGUCUUGAUUGUGCUGAUCAGAAGAACAGACCAGGAAGAAACGAGCGAUUUCAUAUGCAAGCAUAUGCAUAUGAAAAAUAAUACGAUCAUCAACACUAACCACGUAUAAAUGAAAACUGCCUAAUGUUACAGAGUGAAAUGUCAAUCCAGGAAGUGGUAAAGGCCUAUGCAAGAUAUGGGAGUACUGAUAGAAGCCAUCUACUGCAUCUUUGCUUUCAUAAUAUUACUGAAUAUAAUCCAGAUGUAGUAUUUGCUCAAAAUGUUAUUUUUUUAUGACGCCUACAUUCAAGUGUUGAUAAAAAACAAUGCUUGAAGCUAGAAUAAAACAGAUUUUGUUUUGUUUUGUUUGAAAGUAGAGGGUCUGAUUUUUAUUUCGAUGUAUUGCAUGUUCAGAUAUUCAUACAACAAAAUAUUCGGGGGGCAAUGAAAUUUUAGUGAAAAUCUGCAAAAAUGCUGGCGGUGGCUGGUGUCUGGCAACUUUUUUCAAAAAUGCUGGCAGGGAAAGAGUUAAACAGACUGCAAAAUGUGGCCAGUUUUUUUUUUUUUUUCCCCUAACCAUUCCAAACCAAGUCUAACCAUUACACUAAGUGAGGUAUGGUGGAGUGCAAUCAAGUCACAAAGGCUGUAAUUAUAUAAAUAAAAAGUUUGAUGCACUGCUUGUUUCAGAGUGAAGUGUGUUACUGUGUUCAUUUACACAGAAGUUGUUCCAUGUGUAAAUGAUCCAGUGUUUUCAGUGUCACAGAGUGCCUUGUUAGCCGUAAAUACUGCAGCACACAAGCUCCAACUCUGAAUGUGCUGUGAGUUUGAGAUGUUUAUACCCAUGCAUUUGAAAAAAAUAAAAAACAUUUCUACCCCGGGGCUGCAAACCCAGGGUACAGUUACACAAUAACAAUAUGCUAAAAAUCAAAUUUUCACAAUUCACAUUUUUGUAGUGUACACAGAGACUGUGUACAACAGCAUUGUUUUCAAAACCAAUUUUCAAAGGUUUGCUUUUUCAGGCACCCAAAAUGCAGUUGUUAUGUAAAGGAACUGCCAAAAUGCAUAAAAAGCUUUUCGUUUUUAGUUGAAAAUGGUGUCUGGUAAUUGCACCUUCAGUUAGGGCCUCAGCCAUGCAGAGUUUAGCUUCAACCCUAACAAAUCAAGUCUUUAACGCUUAUUUGAAAACGUGAUAUGUAUGUUGGAGUAGGGUUGGGACUAAACUUUGCAGUGCAGAGGCCCUGAGUUUUGCACCCCUGAUCUACCCAAAUGUAUAAUGAGCGUCAUGUGUAUGUUAUCAACAAAAGAAAAGCUUUAAGGCCUCCCUGUGGUUUUUCACUAGAAAUAAUUUUUGUGUGAUUUAAUGUUUGGAAGCAAAGAAAUAAGGCAGCCACAUAUUAAAAAUGUAAUUCUACAUUUAGAUAUGAUCACAUUUCUUCUAGUAUAUAGUAUAUAUUUUAGAAAUAGAUACUAUUUGUGACCCUGGACCACAAAACCAGUCAUAAGGGUCAAUUUUCUGAGACUGAGAUUCAUACAUCAUCUAGAAGCUUUCCAUUGAUUUAUGGUUUGUUAGGAUAGGACAGUAUUUGGCCGAGAUACAACUAUUUUAAAAUCUAUUGCGAAAAUCGCCUUUAAAGUUGUGAAGUUCUUAGCAAUGCAUAUUACUAAUCAAAAAUGAAGUUUCGAUAUAUUUACAGUAGGAAAUUACAAAAUAUAUUCACGGAACAUGAUCUUAACUUAAUAUUGUAAUGAUUUUUUGGCAUCAAAAGAAAAAUUGAUCAUUUUGACCCAUACAAUAUAUUUUUGGCUAUUGCUACAAAUAUACCAGUGCUACUUAUGACUAGUUUUGCGCUCCAGGGUCAAAUUUAGUAAGCACUUAAGCUGUAGUUGGUUCAAAAUCUAGUGGCUUAUUUAUUGACACUGCAGCAUUUCUAAGGUGGAAUAAGGCUUUUGUACCAAGGACGAACAAAACACAACACCCAAUUUCUUAACUGUGAAAGAUCUGCAUAAUUAGCAUGUUAUGUUAAAAUAUUUU